GUUCACUUUGUGCAGUUUUUCUUCCUAAAAUAAGACAUUUAUGAUAUGGAAACAAUCGUAUAGUAGUCGCUAUUUCUAACAUUCUUGGCCAUGGUAAAACACCAGAAACACAUUUCUUUGUUACAUUGGCCUGUUCUUUGGUCAAAAUCACCAGAAUGACACACUGUACCAUAUGUCCAUAUCUUAUUAUCAUUUGUGUUAAACCUAAUUUGAUUUACUGCAUUUAUUCUUUUCAGAAUGCUCCAAAAAGAGGCACCUCACCAUGGAACCAUUGUCGAUACACGAUAGACCAAAAUAACCGCUAUCAUCCCCAUCUUGAUCAACAACUGAAAACAAUGAUCAACAUCUCCACGACCAAUUGAAAUAACAACCACAAAUAUCUCAAUAGAAAAUUGGGCAAAAAGCAACAAUCAGUUUGUAUGGAAUCUGACCUGGAUUGUAUGAGAAAAGGUCAAGGCAAUGUUACCAGUGACCUUUAACCAGUAGAUGUCAAGGACACAGUUACCAGUGCAACUUACAGCAAUGUGGACAAGCACAGUGGCAAUGGAAGUGUUAAAUGAAAGCAUCUCUUUAUUGCGACACCAGAACAUGCCUAGUGAUGACCCAGCCAUAGCGAAGGACACUGUCCAGAAAGUAAUCUUCAUUUUUGCAAUUCUCAUUAUCCCUAUUUGCAUAUUUGGAUGUAUUGGAAACAUCCUCAGUCUAUUUGUUCUUAUUCAUCAUCGUAUGCGCAAUACGACAAACUGCUGUCUUGCUGCACUCGCUGUGUCUGACUUUCUGGUGCUGUUUCACAGCCUUUGGUAUUCCACGAUUAUCAUCUACAAGUCACGUGAUCCUGUCAGUGCUGCUAAUCUCCGUCGCUUGACAUAUCCAGUUAUAGGAGCCUAUGGGAGUGUGGUGACUGCCCGAAUUACAACAUGGCUAACAACACUCCUCAGCAUAGAAAGAUUUGUUGCCGUUUACUGCCCAAUGAAAGCAAGAACUAUCUGUGGCAAGAAGCACACGUACCUCGGCAUCCUGAUGAUCUAUUUCGUGACAAUCAUUGCCUUCCUGCCCCAUGCUCUGAAAUACCGACCAGAAACAGUCACCAAUAACAACAGAACAAUUGUCAUCCUUCAUAAGACGAUUCUUGGAAAGAACCAUCAAUUCUGUGCAAUUUAUGGCACGAUUCUCAACAUCUUGUUCCGCUUUGUCCCCAUUGCUCUGCUUAUAAUCCUGAACAUUCUCAUUGUCAAAGCCAUACGGCAAACCUGGAAUCUUCGUCGCAUCAUGAGCAAGGGAGGUAACCCUUGCAACAUGUCUGAACAGAAUCGCAUCACAAUAAUGCUGCUUAUUGUUUCCUUCGUCUUCCUAAUUUGCAUACUGCCCGGAGCUCUCAACAGCAUCGCAUCCCAAAUUAAGCAAGACUACUCACGUCUUGGGUCCAACCGUAACCUCUUUGCUUGCAUUUCAUGUGUGACCUAUUUCCUCGAAACUGUGAAUUCGUCAAUAAACUUUAUCAUCUACAUGGCUUUCAGUGCCAAAUUUUGCAGAACUUACCAAGAAAUAUUUUGUUGCAUAAAGCCAUCAGCUGUUCCUCGAAGCUCAACAAGGGAGAUAAUUCGCUUUGUUCGGCGUCCUCUUGUAUCAACAGGUUCUUCGGGAUCUAAUGGUAGUCGUGAGUUCCGACUGUCUGCUAUGCUGACCGAUCAGCGCAGACACCAGUUCCGCAAGUCAAGAUGUACAGCAAUAUCCAGCUUUGACAUGGAGAAUAUUAAACUGUUGAGUCAGCGGGAUAAAAACCUUUCCGCUGAAAGUGACAUUGGGGUAGUUCAGUACAGCUGAAGAGUCUAGAGACUGGAAUAGUUCAGCUGGAAAGCCUGGAGACUGGAGAGUGAAACAGCUUAGCAUAACCACAGCCUGUACACAGAGUAGUUGAACAGUUUAGCUGAAUAGACGGGAGUGUGAUAUAUAUUUCAGCAAAUCUGACCAGAUAAGAGAGUGCAAUAGUUCAGUACAGCUGAACAGACUGGAGAGUGAAAUAGUUCAGUACAGCUGAACAGUCUGGAGAGUGAAAUAGUUCAGUACAGCUGAACAGACUGGAGAGUGAAAUAGUUCAGUACAGCUGAACAGUCUGGAGAGUGAAAUAGUUCAGUAAAGCUGAACAGACUGGAGAGUGAAAUAGUUCAGUACAGCUGAACAGUCUGGAGAGUGAAAUAGUUCAGUACAGCUGAUCAGACUGGAGAAUGAAAUAUUUCAGUACAGCUGAACAGACUGGAGAGUGAAAUAGUUCAGUACACCUGAACAGACUGGAGAGUGAAAUAGUUCAGUACAGCUGAACAGACUGGAGAGUGGAAUAGUUCAGUACAGCUGAACAGACUGGAGAAUGAAAUAUUUCAGUACAGCUGAACAGACUGGAGAGUGAAAUAGUUCAGUACAGCUGAACAGACAGGAGAGUGGAAUAGUUCAGUAGAGCUGAUCAGACUGGAAAAUGAAAUAUUUCAGUACAGCUGAACAGUCUGGAGAGUGAAAUAGUUCAGUACAGCUGAACAGACUGGAGAGUGGAAUAGUUCAAUACAGCUGAACAGGCUGGAGAGUGGAAUAUUUCAGUACAGCUGAACAGACUGGAGAGUGGAAUAGUUCAGUACAGCUGAACAGACAGGAGAGUGGAAUAGUUCAGUAGAGCUGAUCAGACUGGAAAAUGAAAUAUUUCAGUACAGCUGAACAGUCUGGAGAGUGAAAUAGUUCAGUACAGCUGAACAGACUGGAGAGUGGAAUAGUUCAGUACAGCUGAACAGGCUGGAGAGUGGAAUAGUUCAGUACAGCUGAACAGACUGGAGAGUGGAAUAGUUCAGUACAGCUGAACAGACUGGAGAAUGAAAUAUUUCAGUACAGCUGAACAGACUGGAGAAUGAAAUAUUUCAGUACAGCUGAACAGACUGGAGAGUGGAAUAGUUCAGUACAGCUGAACAGACUGGAGAAUGAAAUAUUUCAGUACAGCUGAACAGACUGGAGAAUGAAAUAUUUCAGUACAGCUGAACAGACUGGAGAAUGAAAUAUUUCAGUACAGCUGAACAGAGGGGAGAGUGGAAUAGUUCAGUACAGCUGAACAGACUGGAGAGUGGAAUAGUUCAGUACAGCUGUAGAGUCUGGAGAGUGGACUUGUUCAGUAUAGCUGAACAGACUGUAGUGGAAUAUCCAACUUCACACAUUGUAAAUGUUGUGUCUGACUGUGAUCAUGUUUUGCAUCGUUUACAGAAACCAAAAUACAGCUCCUGAAUGUUAAAGGCAGAAGCCAUUUCUGUCGUCUCAAAUACACAAUCUGCAUGGUCUUCAUAGAAUACCAUAUUCGACGUAAUAAGCCUCCACGGCGAUACUUGCAAAUGUAUUGGCUUGUGAACAAUCCCAAUUAGCACCCCUUCGUUGAUCACUGUACACCAGACUUAUUUAUUCGCGUAUAAUAUGCACUCAUGUGUUACA